UACAUUUUAUUCCAAAAAGCAUUGACCAACACACCGCAGGUAUGUAGCACGGAAGGUUCGGAAAAAGAAAACUAUUUAAAAAGUGAAAAACAUGAAUAAUUCUACGAGAAAUGAAUACUCAUCCUUGAUCAGAGAACAGCGACAGCUGAAAAAAGCGGAAAGCGUGCUUAAAUCCAUGAUUGAAAAGAUCAACCGUGAACUGAACCAGCUGGUGGUUGAGGAACUACAGAUCAAAUCGCGAGAUAUCCAGCUUAGCAUAGACACCGUAACUGUUGAACCCGUUAAACCAUCGGUUCCACCGCCGGAUGUAGCCACCUCCAGCAAGGAAAUUAAUCAACAAACACUCAAUCUGGAGGUGCAGGACGAACGAUUGCUGGAAUCGCUAGAGGAAACGGAGGACGAGCUAUAGGGGGAUGGUUUCUCACAUGCGCUACACGUCACAAAAACUACGAUCUCUUUGUACUUGUACUAAAUAAAACACUUUUACUUAUCAAUUUAACAGCAAA